AUGCGCCGAACUGUAGCCACACUCGCGGGGAUCAGUGGAAUGGCGGUGUACACUCCACCAUGCCGCGUUGCCCUCAAGGACUGGUGCGAGUGGACAGGGAAUGACUGGAAGAAGGUAUCAAGCGUCGUUGGCGAGUCCUUCCGUAUACCAAGCCACAACGAGAAUGCGUACACUAUGGCCGCUUCUGCGGCACUGCGUCUCAUCCUCAACUACAACAUCGACCCUACCCGUAUUGGCUUCCUCGGGCUCGGAACGGAGAGCAGUACCGAUAACUCUGCUGGCUCCAUUAUCGUGCGUGGAAUGGUUGACAAGGCGCUGAAGGAACUCGGCAUGCCCUGUAUAUCGCGUCACUGUGAAGUUCCGGAAUUUAAGCACGCCUGUCUUGGUGGGGUGUACGCCCUCAAGAGUGCCGCCCGCUACUCGGAGAUUGACGGCGGCGACAAGGUGGCUAUCGUCGUUGCAUCUGACAUCGCCGAGUACGCCUUGGGCUCCACUGGAGAGCAGACACAGGGUGCCGGCUCUGUUGCGAUGCUCGUGGAGAAGACGCCGCGCCUGGCGGAACUCAACACCAGAUGCUCCGGCUCGGCAUCUGACUACCGUGGCCCUGACUUUCGGAAGCCAUUUAAGCGUCACUUCAUCAAGGAGUACGGCAGUAACACGGAGCACGGCAAAAUUCCUGAUUUCCCUGUGUUUUCUGGACCCUACAGCACGAUGGUGUACUUGGAUGAGGUGACGAUGGCUGUGGAGAACAUGUUGGAGAAGCUGCAGCAGAGCCCGGGAGAGUACUACAGCUCUGUCUCGGCACUCUUCUUCCACCGUCCGUAUAACAUGAUGCCGAUUCAGGCCAUGUCUUUCCUCUACGCCCGUGGGCUUGCCCGCGCCUCAUCGGAGGGGCACAAGAAGUAUUUCGAAGCUCUCUGUGCAAAGGCGAAAGUUGAACCGGCUGUGAUGCAGAAAGAACUCGCUGUGGUUCCUGACUACUUUGGCAUGAUCGAAGCAGGUAACGAACCAAAGGAUAUAUUUGUUGCUACAAAUAAGGUUGCCAAGGCGCUCCGUGCCGACAAGGAAUUCUCUACGCUUCUCAGUGAGAAGAUGAGCCUUGGAAGCCCGGCAAUGGCGAACUUUGGUAACCUGUACACCGCGUCUCUCCCGUGCUGGGUUGCCGCCGGUUUCGAAGAAGCGUAUAACAAGAAGCUCGAUAUUACAGGUCACCCCAUGGUGAUGGUCGGUUAUGGUUCCGGUGACGCAAGCGAGUCCAUCCCGAUGGUGCCUGUGAAGGGAUGGGAAGAGGCUGCGUCGAAGGUGAACAUUGCGGAGUCGCUAAAGAAUCCACUGAAUCUCACAAAGGAGCAGUACGAGGGGUUGCACAAGGGAUCUCUCAAGGAGGACCUCGCCGCGGAUAGGCGCCACAAGGAGUUUGUCGUGGGCCACGUCGGCAGCCGCAAUGACAUGGCCUUCCAGGACAUCGGUAUUGAGUACUAUCAAUUCCUAAAGUAA